UGCGUGACGUGACGGCCGGGGCCGGGCAGGGCGGCGCUCGGCGGUCCCUCUAGCGGCGUCUCUCCCAAGCGGGGAGGUCGGGUGUGCUGGCUCCGCGCUCCGGGGUAUAUGCUGCGUGUCGCGCCGCGUUGGGGUUAACUGCGAUUCCGCCGUGCAUCGCCGCCGAGGAGGAGGAAGAUCUUACGAUGUUUCGUUUCUGAAAAUAAAAGAGCAGAGACGAUGACCGGAGACAGGCUGCGAUCGCUGUGGUAGAAUUUUAUCAUCGGGACUGAGAUCUGCCUUUUCCUCCAUUAUGCUGGCCCCGAGAGCGUCCGCUUUAUUUGGAAACCGCUCAAGCUCGACAGAGAUCGUGUCCAUCGAUCGCGCACGAAUCCCCGAUAUAUUUUUCGCAAAGGCAUGAAUACGAAAUGGUGAUAGAUUAGUGAUGUGCCUUUAUCGUCGGUGUUUCAAUUUUACUGCGACAGAAAUGUCUUGACACAUCUUGAGGAAAAGAGUGUAUGUGAUAAAUAUAAGUCUCUCGACGGCGCAGCCCGUACAUACCGAAAGAUGGACAGCUCCGAGUACGAAAUGGUGAGAAACCUGACUCUCCUCUUCUUCUUCGAGCGUCUGAUGGACAAGGGCGGCCCGCGUACGCUGCACGACCUAAGCUGCCAGUUCGGGGCUAAGGGAUUCACGAAGGAGAUGCGCCAGAUAGCGGGGGGAUCGCAAAGUGGCCUUAAGAAAUUUCUGGCGCAGUACCCGGCGCUCUUUCUGAUCGACGGCGAGUACGUGUCCGUCAAUACGUUUCAGCCGGUCGUGGAGGAGGAGAGCGGGAACAAGUCGGGUAAGCGCGACUACGCCCGCGAGGCCGUGGAAUACUUCACGAACAAGCUGCUGCAAUACGGGGUGGGCACCGAGGUGCCUAUCAAGAGCCUGCUGGGCCAUCGGUCGCAAGCCUCGCCGGAGGUCAGGCAUAUAUCCGGUCAGCACUACAAGGAGUUCCGUGAUUUUCUCUCGAGGUACACGGACGCGUUCGUGGUCAGCGAGGAUAACGUGAUACUGAAACAGUACGAGGGCAUGAAGCCGGAGCCGUUUCGCGAGCUGGAGCCCGAUAUCCCGAUAGACCCGGACGUCACGGCGAAGCUGUUGGACUUCUUCUGCGUGUGCAUCGAGCAGAAGGGCCCGGUUCUCAUAGAUCAGUUGUUCAGCACGGUCAAUGAGAAGUUCACCCACGAGAGCUGGACGAGUAUAUUCAAGACGCCGCAGGAUCUGUCCACUUUUAUAAAAAUGUUCCCAGACGCCUUCCACGUGCAGACCAAUCUGGUGACGUUGAUAGGCCGGCCCAAGUCCUCCGUGAUGGAGCCCGCGGUCGCGAAGACGAAGGCCGCGGGCGGCAAUCAGCGCGGUCAGAGCAACAACGUGGCGAACAACGCGUUGCCGAUCGUCCCGCCGAGCAGGAUCCAACUCUCCCAGCCGCCUUCGGAUCGACUGGAGAACGUUUCUAACAACGUCGCGGCUCAGUCCAACUCGCUGCAGAACGCGUCGCCUGCUGUCGAGAACAAUAAUAAUUCACCGCCCGUGAGUUUGCAGCAGCAGUCCCUGAAGCAGAGAUUCAAUACAAUUGUCAUGAGGACCCUGGCGGACAACACUGAGCGGGACCGUAGUCUACAAACCGCCCAGAUGGGCGACACGUGGAAGAUGAAGGUGAUGCUGCAGACCAGGAUAAUAGCGACCACGCGGGAGAGUCUUCAGGUCGUGGAGGAUAUAAUAAAUCCGCGAAAGCCGCCCCCGGACGGCAAGGUGGUUGUCUCUUUCGAUUGCGAGGGCAUCAAUCUUGGUGUCAAGGGGCAGCUGACUCUUGUACAAAUCGGCACGAUGAGCGGCCAGGCGUAUGUGUUCGAUUUGAUCAUGUGCCCGAGCCUCAUUCAAGCUGGUGGUCUCCAGAAGCUGCUGGAGCAUCCUAAUGUUGUUAAGGUGAUUCACGAUUGUAGAAACGACAGUGUCAAUCUGUACAAUCAGUUUAAGAUUACGUUAACGAAUGUUUUUGACACGCAGGCUGCGCACGCAGUGCUGCAAUUUCAAGAGACAGGGAAGCCUGUGUACAAAGUUAAGAACGUUAAUCUCAACACUUUGUGCGAUCAUUAUGGGGCUCCGUGUAAUCCGCUGAAAGAACAAUUGAAAAACAUUUACCGUAAGGAUCAACGUUAUUGGUCACGGCGACCCAUGACUCGCGACAUGCUAAUUUACGCGAGCAGUGAUGUUUUGAGUCUUGUACCUCAAGUUUAUAACGCCAUGUCUAGACUUAUAAAGCCGGAAGUACAAGAUCUUUUUGCAGAGCUGUGCGAAGAACAGAUUCAAAUGCACAUAAGACCGUCGGAAGUAAAAGCACGUAAGAAGCAGCGAAAGGUCGAGACCGAGGUGGCGGAUCUGAAAAAGCGAAUGGAAGAAGCGACGAAUAAAAAUAUUGUACUGAGCAAUCGCGAAAUUCGGCUUCUUCGCUACUUGGAUCUUACCGAGGACGAGAAGGAAAAACUCAAAGGCAGCUAUAAAGUUGCUAGAAAAUUGGAAAAGCUAGAGAAUAUGGGCCAGGAUAAGGCUGAUAGCAGCGACGACGACGACGAGGAUAAAACGGACGAUCAUGAGUAUCAGAGCUUGGAAAGCUAUACAUCGGAAAAUUCUCACUCUGGCGGCAUAUUGUCACCACGGAACGCCGAUACUCCAAGUCUGACCGAGUCGAUGCAAAUGAUGGACGAAAUACUCUCGGACGGUCGGAUGGACAAACUGGAGAAAAUUGAGAAACUGGAAGCCAUACUAUCGGCUGUUACUAGCUCCGCGACCGACCAGCUUUCCGCCAACAAUGCGGACGCGUCGCCUAUCAAAUGCGUCUGCAUGUGUCAAGACGAUAAGACCGACAAUCCGCGGGCGGAUCGCCCGGCCGCCGGAAUUAGUGUGGCUUGUCAAACGCUUAGCACAGGUGAUAUAGUAUUUACUAGAGUUUUUGUCAGCGAGGAGGAAAAAGAGAGAGUAAGAUUAUUGAAUUCGCCAAAAAAGUAGGUAUUACAGCUGCUGUGAAAGUAGAAAAGUUGCCAUUUAUAGGUUUUUUUAUCAAACGGAACGAUUGCAUAAAAGAAUUAAGUAGUUGAAAUUUAUCUAUUUUAUGUAAUAUAUAUAACAAGAGAUUCAUAGAGCAGAACUGGCGAAACUCACACAAUGUUUUCCGACGUGUCUGCUCCCUUAAAAAAGUGUCUUAAAUGGAUAGGCCUUGUUAUACAUGCCUUUCCAGAUCUGUCGGUAUAAUGAUCAGAUUUUUGGAAAAAGGUUAUUAAUUUUAAUAUGACGAUAUCGUACGUUUAUUAUCUGCUUGAAGAUUACCUUUCUUUUACGAGCGUUUAAGAAAGACCGAAUCGUUUCAGUGACAAGAUAUAACCGCGAACAAGGUUUUAACAGCCGCAGAUCUUGUGAUUUUUAACAUACUUCAAUUUGCGGCGUUUUACAUUUGACUCGGGACUAAACUGCUGAAAGUUCUUUUAAAAUGUUUCUUUAGAAAAAAAAUAUAUAUACAUAUGUACAAAUAUCAACAGAAGAAUCAUACUGUUUAUAUAAGGGUAACGAUUGCUGACGCUUUUAUUAGCGUUGCAAAGUUAACAAAAUGCAUAUCUCACGCUUGCGAAAUAUUUUUUAUGUGAAGUACUGCAUUAAAAUCGCUAAUUUUUAAGUCUCAUAUGGCCUAGUUUGCGUCACUUAUCAGAAAGGACGAAUUGUUGGCAGUGAUAGAAGCAUAGCAGCGGUUGUUUAACAGACAAAUGCUUUCUCUCCAAGAUUUAAGCCUACGCACGCGAAAGAAACUUAUGCAAACCUCUUCCUUACAUCGAUUACAAAUAUAACUUAUUUUCGUAUAUAGCUAUACAAGUGCCAAUUUAAUAUAGAAUAUACAAUAAACGGGUUAAUACAUUUUAUAUUUGUAUUUAAUUACGUGCUUGGUGAAUAAUUAUGCUCGCACUUCCAAUGAAUGAAUUAAUAAUCUGAUAGUAUUAAAUAAGACAAACGCAUUAUUCGUGUUGCAUAGAUCUGCAUUUAUACACACUUCUAAUAACAUAUCAUUAAAUAAGCAAACUGCCAGCGAGAGAAGUGACGAUUUCGAGAGAUUUAAAUAAGUCAUUGUCAUCGUAAAUUACCAGUGUUUUUAGUGCAAUACUUUACACAUUGAUAAUAUACAUUUAACAUCGAUCGCGUAAUCCAUCAUUUAACAAUUAAAAGCAUACUAUGAAGAUAUAUAGCCGAAAGACAAAGUUAUGUAAGCGAAUCAUUGACACGUUCUCAUUUAUCGAUCGAGAGGCUCAACUAGUAUCAAAUUGUUCGACUAUCUCGUGUAUGUAUACUACAAUAUAUAAAGUAUACUAGAAACUACUAUAGUAUAUCUACGUUUCUUUGAUCUAAUCAAAACGCCGACUACUAGCAAUAUUUUUUAUAAAAUUCUUGAGAAUGUGAGACAAGUACAUCGGGUUUCUCUAGUAUUUUAAUGUAGAUGUUUGAUUAUUAUAUUUCGUUAUAUAAUUGGAAGGGAAACUAAUAAGUGGAUAAUACUUAUGUGGGAGUAAUCCUUGUUGAAGUAUGCGUAAACUGCGUUGUUACUAGAAAGUGCAAUUUAGUUCAUCGCAGAAAUACAUUUGGUACUCGAAUUAUUAUUCUGGCAGCUGCGUGCAUUACUUUGUAUCAUUUUGCACGCGUGUGUUUGCUAAUUGCGAAUAAUUCUCGAUAUACAAAAAUAUCUGGAGAGAUACUCGCGCUCUAUACACAAAUUAUAUUUAAGACGAAAAUUCGACGAGAAUAUAAAUCUCUUGUAAGAAUGUAAAACAAUCAUACAUCCUCAGGCUUGGAUUUAAUUUUAAUUAUGUUAAGGCCUCUUUUAAAUGCCUUUUAAAUUCUCGUAAUACAUAUUUGUAAUACAAAUUUUUAUAAAUAUAUAAUAUAAAUUAUAUAUUUAUAAAUUUUACACGUAUACAAAUUUUCUGUAUAUUGAUAAUCAGUCAUAUUUUUUAUCCCUUGCACUCAUAUAUUGACUUGGGGAUAAUCUCCUUGACUUGGGAUUAUUGCGAAUUUUAACUAAAUUAAUUCUUGUUGACAUUAAUUAUUAAUAACUUGUUAACCGUGAAUUCAAUAAACAUGAAGGAGAAGGAUUAUAUAUACUUUUGGGUAAUCAAUUACAAAACGCAAUCCACUUUAAGAUUGUGCUCAGGAUUGACACAAGAAUUGUACAGUAUUUGCUUGAUGAUAAUAUAAUUUGCAGAUUAUUGAUUGCAUUGCUAUUUGGUUCACCCUGAUUUUCAGAAAAGAAAACGUCUUAAUGCCAUUCUUUAUUUAUUAACAUACAUUUUCUUUUCUUAUUAUUUGGGUGAUUUGAUUUUUAUCAGCGAUAUUUUAAGGAUGAAGUAAAAAAAGUACCAUCUAAAUUAUUUUAUAAUGCAUUUAUAUCAAGUCAUAAUAGUAAUUAUACUAAAAAAACAAGGAACGUCACGCAAAUAUUUAUACGAAAGAAUGCUGAUUCAUGUAAUUAACAAUGACUAAUUCGAUGCGUACAGAUGCGAAGUAAAGUCUAAAACGAAUAUACGUAAUAAAGAAUAUUAAAAAAGA